UCUUCUCUGUAAAGUGAAUCGGUUUCGUUUUUCGCAAUACAUACACAAACAAUAGGCGCUGGGAAGUAGACGACGGCGAAUCCUUGGCGGCUCAGCAUUUCCACCGAAUUCGCGUCGAGGAAAAGCGGAAAAUCGGAAAAAACAGCUACCGUUUUCGUAUUGAUUUUCAAGUGUGAACGGCGCCGUUAACAUGGACAAGAUGACGGUUGCCCAGAAGAAUGCAUAUCUCGAGGCGCACAUGGCGGUGCAGCAGCAAAUGGCCCAGGCGGCGAUUCAGUUCAAACAGCAGCAGACUUCGCAGCAGCAGAACUCACCAACAACCAACAACAACAACAAUGGCCAGAACAACGGCAACCUGCAACAGCAACAGCAGCAACAACAGCAGCAGCAGCAGCAACAGCAACAGCAGCAGCAACAACAGCAACAGCAACACUAUGCGGCCACAAUCAAGGUGCCGCAGAUCAGUUCCUCAAGUGUGGCAGCUGCGGCGGCGGGGGAGAGCACCUUCACAGUCCCGGACGAUGGGAUGGGCUUCGAGGGCGGGGUGAGGGUCCUCCAGAGCCUGGGCACCUGGUCGGCGGCCGAGCAACUGACCUACAACAUCCCAAAGCCCAAUCUCAUCCCCUUCACAGAGCCCUAUGUCGAGGGGGGCUCCAUGCACCCCGCCAGUCGAUUGAAGGCACUGCAACAGGUGCAACAGGCGUCCUCGGGGGUGCGGAAGACAAAUCCCUCAAAGUCCACCAACAAGGCAUUCGAGUGCACGGUCUGUGGCAAGGGACUCGCCCGCAAGGACAAGCUGACCAUCCACAUGCGCAUCCACACCGGCGAGAAGCCCUAUAUUUGUGAAGUGUGCAAUAAGGCGUUUGCCAGGCGGGACAAGCUGGUGAUUCACAUGAACAAGUUCAAGCACGUGACACCCACGAAUAUUGCGCCACUCGGAAAACGACUAAAUAAUAUGGUCAAGAAGAAGGAGCAGCCGGAUCCGCCGCCAGAGGACAACAAACAGAGUCUGGAGCUGCAGCUGCAACAGCAGGCCGUCCAGGUGGCCGCCCAGAAUAUAAUAGUGCAAUCGGCCCAGGGAGCGCCGGCGUCCAUUCCCGGCAUCAUCAUACCCCAUCACCAGCAGCAGUUAUCCUGGACCUGCGAGCUGUGCGGCAGGAUGUUCUCGAGUCGGGACGAGUGGUCCAUUCACGCCAAGAGUCAUCUGGAGCCGGAACGGCUAGUCGCAGAGUCAACAAAACCAGCAGCAGCAGCAGCAGCGGCGGCAGGAGUCAUUGCUAAGACAACCAGCAACAAUAAUCGCAGCUACCAAAUGGAUGCAAAUCAAAAUCAAAUUCAAAUGGAGGCCCAAGCACGCAAGCAGAAGAUAAUCAUACAAAACCAGAUGAUACUCAAUGCCAGCCAUCAGCAGCAGCAGCAGCAACAUCCUCAGCAGCAACAGCAGCAACACCAGCAGCAACAACAGCAGCAGCAACAUGUGGCCCAUGGGAAGAAGGCAGCCAGAAAACACCAGCAACAUCUACAGCAGCAACAGCAACAGCAGCAACAGCAACAACAGCAACAACAGCAGCAACAGCAGCAGCAGCAACAGACCAGUGCGCCUAUGUACAAUAACAAUAGUAGUAGCAACCACAACGGUAGCAACAACAACAACCAGAGCCAAGAAGUGUCGCUGCCGGUGUCGCACAUCAUUGCCAAUUCGCCAACGGCGGCCACCUACAUGCAGGCUCAGCUGAGCGAGCACGCGAGCAACAUGCAACACGCCGGCAUGCCCAUUGUCACCUACAACGGCAAUCAGUACUGUGUGAUCACGAGGGCCCCGGAUCUCGAUGUGGAUUCGAUGCAGAAGCCUCUGGACUAUGGCCAUGCAGCCGGUGGAGCCACCAAUAUCAUAGUAAUGUCGCCGAUGCAAUUGCUGCCCCCACAGCAGCAGCAGCAACAGCAACAGCAGCAGCAACAGCCGCAGCAGCAACAGUAAACAACAGCAAACACCAUCGAAGAGAAAGGCUUUGCCGCAGCCUAACAGCUAUAAAUACAAAUUGUAAAUAAAGUCUUAAGCAGCCGAGAGCGAACCUAAGUAUAUGUUUAGCCACACAGAAAAACACUACCCAGCAAAACUAAAGUUUGUAAAUGUCAGAUUAUAAUACAUAGUUCCCCCCGUGUCAGCAAAUCAAAUGUAGUGUAAGCAACCUAACAUAUCCCCCCGCAGAACGUAUAUAGUACCCAUCUAACCCCUAAGGCAGCCACCACACUGAGAUAUAUAUGGAGAAAAGGUGCAGUUUUCAGACCCUCCAGCAGUAGCAUCCAUAGACCCGUACUCACAAAGAACCCGAACCCAGCGUGUAUGAUAUUUGAUGUGUUUCCAUGGCAUUGUUUGUACAUUAAGCUAAUUACGUACUCCAAUUACGUCUUCGACUUAAAAAUGCAAAAAAAAGAAAACAAAACAAAAAUAAUGGAAAUAAAAACAAAAGUAGCAGUAGUUGUGUCCAUCAGCAAAGCUCCCCACACAUCUCCCCACUCGAUUCCAAUGGCAAACCAUGUAAAGAUCAAGCGAAAAUAAAUUUAAUUUAAUUAAAUACAA